AUGGCUCGCGCUUGUGAACUCUGUGGCAAAGGCCCGCAGAUCGGCAACCAGGUCACCAUCCGCGGUAAGAAGAAGUACCUCGGCGGCGUCGGCACCAAGGUCACUGGCAUCACCAAGCGGCAGUUCAAGCCGAACUUGCAGCGCGUCAAGGUCGCGGGCGAGGGUGGCAACGCCGCUCACUUGCGCGUCUGCGUGCAGUGCAUCCGCUCGGGCGCGGUCGUGAAGAAGGUCCGCACGGCGCCGUUCCAGUUGCCCGUGAAGGCCGCUAAGCCGCAAGCGGCUGGGGCCAUGGCGAUCUCUCGGAGCGAUGUCGAGCGCGUCGCCCACCUGGCGCGGCUCGACUUGGACGACGCCCAGCUCGAAGCGCUGACGCCGCAGAUCGCCGGCAUCGUGGCGUACGUCGAUUCGCUGGCGGCGGUCGAUACGGCGGGCGUUGAACCAAUGGCCCACGCCGUCGAGCUCUACAACGUCUUGCGGGCCGACGAGGUGCGCGCGGGCCUGUCGCACGAGGCGGCCCUAGCGAGCGCCCCGCGGAAGGAUGCGGUCGGUUUCAAAGUGCCGGCUGUUCUCGAAGGUUGA